AUGACCGGAACAAUCUGCCUCACAGUUCUCGCUGGACUUUCGGGUCUUGUCGUUUUCGGCGCUCUCUUCUCCGUUGCCCAUAUCUACAAUGAUAUCAACUCAUUUGUUGAUAGUGCUCACAGAGAGCUCGGAGACUUCAAGGGAUUCGCUAAUGACGCAUGGAACUCAAUGGUGAAUCAUGAGGAUUCCGCUCGUGUUGCUCGUAGUGUUUUCGGUCGUCGUCACAAGAAACACUCUCAAUGCAACUGUGGACCACAAGCAUCUAACUGCCCAGCUGGUCCACCAGGACCUCCAGGAGCACCAGGAGAUAGAGGACUGGACGGACAGCCAGGACAGGCUGGAAACCCAGGACAAGCUGGAAUCGCUGGACCAAAGAGCCACGAACAACAAGAGUGCAUCAAGUGCCCAGCCGGUGCUCCAGGACCAGCAGGAGCUCCAGGAAACCCAGGACCACAAGGACCAAAUGGACAACCAGGACAUCCAGGACAAGGAGGAAGCCAAGGACCACCAGGACCACCAGGACCAGCUGGAGAUGCCGGAGCACCAGGAAAUCCAGGAGCCCCAGGAAACCCAGGACAAGCUGGAAGAGGAGGACAACGCGGACGUGGUCUCCCAGGACCAUCCGGAGCUCCAGGACCACAAGGACCACCAGGACAAGCCGGACAUCCAGGACAAUCCGGAGGACAAGGACAACAAGGACCAGCUGGACAACCAGGACCAGACGGACAGCCAGGACAACCGGGACAAGAUGGAGAGGCUGGAGCACCAGGAAACGAUGGAGCUCCAGGAGCUGAUGCCGCUUACUGCCCAUGCCCAUCUCGCAGCGGAUCUUCGUCCGCCGUUGAAACUGGAGCUGCUGAGCAAGGAUAUCGUCAUCGCGCCGUUGCUGCUCGUCAUCGCAACGUCGUUCGUCGCCGUGUCGUCAAGAAGCGUGUCGUCAAGAAGAAGCGUGUUGUCGCCCGUCAAGCUUAA